UUCCACUGGAAAGCUAGCCAGUACAAAACUGUAGCAAUAAUGACUAGAUUCAUUCUACUCACUGGCCUCUGUCUGUUAUUUAAUCCUCUCGGCUAUGCCUAUCAGCUUAUAUGCUAUUUUACCAACUGGGCUCAGGACAGACGUGAUCCUGUGAAGUAUGACCCUUCUAACAUCGAUCCUUUUCUGUGCACACAUCUGAUCUAUGCAUUUGCCAGCAUUAACUCUACUAAUCAGCUAGCCACCUCCAAGUUGAGUGAUGAAACUCUAUACAAAUCCUUCAAUAAUCUGAAGCAAAAUAAUACAAACUUAAAAACACUGUUGGCUGUUGGAGGAUGGAACUUUGGCACAGCACGAUUCUCCUCUAUGGUGUCCACCCAAGCAAACAGAAGUACAUUCAUCCAGUCGUCCAUCAGCUUUCUCAGAAAGUAUGGAUUUGAUGGAUUGGAUCUAGACUGGGAAUAUCCUGGAUCCAACGGCAGUCCUUCAAAUGACAAACAAAAAUUUACUUUUCUUUGUGAGGAGCUUCAACAGGCAUAUAAGAAUGAAAGCAUGGCUACAGGACGUCCCCAGCUUAUGAUCACAGCUGCAGUGGCUGCUGGGAAAUCAACUAUAGAUACUGGAUAUGAAAUUGCUAAGAUUGCCAAGUACCUGGACUUCAUUAGUGUGAUGACCUACGACUUUCAUAAUUAUCAGGAAAAUAUGACCGGACACAAUAGUCCUCUGUAUCAAUCAUCUCAGGAAACAGGAGCUCAAACCAACCUUAAUACUAAUUAUUCAAUGACAUACUGGAUGAAUCAGGGUGCUCCAGUGGAGAAGUUAAGGAUGGGUUUUGCUACAUAUGGCAGAACAUUUAAUCUGUCAUCGACAGUGAGUGGCCUGGGAGCUUCAUCACGUGGCCCUGCUCCUGCUGGCAACUUUACCAGAGAGGCAGGCAUGUUGGCUUAUUAUGAGAUCUGCAGCUUCCUUCAAGGAACCAGCAUUCAGUGGAUUCAGGAUCAAAAAGUACCCUAUGCCACAAAGGGGUAUCAGUGGGUUGGCUUUGAUAACAAGGAGAGCUUUGACACAAAAGUGACCUAUCUCAAAAAUUUUAAGUUUGGAGGGGCACUUGUGUGGGCUCUUGAUCUGGACGAUUUUACUGGACUGUUCUGUGGACAGGGAAAAUACCCUCUCAUUAAUGAGCUCAAGAAACAGCUAACAAAUGAUUCUAUUACAAAUUCCUCUCAAGCUACUGGUCUUCCUCCUGUUACCACUUCUGUAACACAUCCCAUUGGAAAUUCUGCUGGAGCUUUUCUUGCUUCUCUUUCUGUUACUGAUAUAUUGUAUGCUAUCACAAUAUGGAUGCAGCUGUGAUAAAUAUUUUAAUAAA